CCGGAAGAGCCUUCAGUCGCUUGGCAACCGCGCGCGGCUGUGGCGCAGACGCUGACGUGCCGGAGGCCGGUCCCGGCCGAAAGGAGCUGCCGUAAAGCGCAGCACGCCGUAAAGCUCCCCCUUUCCUGUUGGUUGUGGUUGCCGCCGCCGCUCGGCGCAAAAAUGCCGUGAGCGGCGCUCAGUCGCUGGGACGGCCAGAGCGCGCGCGAGCGAGAGGGCGCCCCGGCUCCGUCCCAUGCUCCGUCGGCGUCGGUGGUGGUGGAGGCGGCGUCGGCGGGCGGCCCUCUUCUUCCCCUCCCCCUUCAUGCGGGGCCCGGGCCGGGGCCGCGCCGGAGACGCCCUCGCCCGCUAUGGCCCGAAAGACAGUUAGCAGGAAGAGGAGGGCGGCCGGAGCCCCCGCGGCGGGGGGGCCCGGAGGAGAGCAGUAUGGCUGGGAUCACUCCGUCCACAAAAGGAAGCGGCUGCCCCCAGUUAAGAGGUCACUGGUGUGCUACCUGAAAGGAAGAGAGGUACGGCUGCAGAAUGAGUCCAGCUACCACCGAGUGUUGCACGGAUAUGCAGCCCAGCAACUGCCCAGUCUUCUGAAGGAAAGAGAAUUUCACCUUGGGACUCUUAAUAAAGUGUUUGCAUCUCAGUGGCUGAAUCACCGGCAAGUGGUGUGUGGGACAAAAUGCAACACUUUAUUCGUGGUUGAUGUCCAGACUGGUCAGAUUACCAAGAUUCCCAUUCUGAAGGACCGGGAGCCGGACAUGGUAAACCAGCAGGGCUGCGGGAUUCACGCCAUUGAGCUGAACCCUUCAAGGACUCUCUUGGCCACAGGAGGUGACAACCCAAACAGCCUUGCGAUUUAUCGUCUGCCUACUCUUGACCCUGUUUGUGUGGGAGAUGAUGGCCACAAAGACUGGAUAUUUUCUAUUGCAUGGAUCAGUGAUACCAUGGCUGUUUCUGGUUCCCGAGAUGGUUCUAUGGGUCUCUGGGAAGUGACAGAUGAAGUCCUAGCAAAGAGUGAUGCAAGACGCAACUUGUCUAGAGUCCCAGUCUAUGCUCACAUAACCCACAGGGCUCUGAAGGACAUUCCCAAGGAGAAUACCAAUCCAGACAACUGCAAGGUCCGAGCUCUUGCCUUCAACAACAAGAACAAGGAACUGGGAGCAGUGUCCCUGGAUGGCUACUUCCAUCUCUGGAAAGCAGAAUGCAUGCUGUCAAAGCUGCUGUCAACAAAGUUACCAUACUGCCGGGAGAAUGUUUGUCUGGCCUAUGGUCAGGAGUGGUCUAUCUAUGCAGUUGGCUCUCAGGCACAUGUCUCUUUUCUGGAUCCAAGGCAACCUUCCCACAACGUUAAAUCCGUCUGUUCCAGGGAGCGAGGCAGCGGUAUACGCUCUGUGAGCUUCUAUGAGCACAUCAUCACCGUGGGGACAGGACAAGGCUCCUUGCUGUUCUACGACAUCCGAGCUCAGAGGUUCCUGGAUGAGAAGCCACCCCACAGUUGCUGUGGACUGAGAUCAGGAGGAAGCGAAAUUCUCAAACUGUCGACUGGCAAAGGUUGGCUGAAUCAUGACGAAACCUGGCGGAAUUACUUUUCAGACAUCAGCUUCUUCCCAAAUGCUGUUUACACCCACUGCUACGACUCGUCUGGCACGAAACUCUUUGUGGCAGGAGGACCCCUUCCAUCUGGACUCCACGGGAAUUAUGCUGGUCUCUGGAGCUAAUAACUUUUUCCAAAUGAGGAUCUCGAGUGCGAUUUCUUUUUUCUUUUUUUGUCCCCACACCCUUUUUUGGUUAAAAAACAAACAAAGGAAUUGUGUGUUGAUAUUGUUCUCUUCUAGCUUUGCAACUUGGGGUUAACUUUAUUUUAUUUUAUUUUUUUGGAGGGGGAGCAAUGUCAGUCGGUCUCCGAGCAGUUUUGUACAUUUUUAACAGCUUUUUUGUUGUUGUUUUGGUCUUUUUAUUUUAACCUCCUUGGAUCUUUCUAUGAUGGGUUUUUAAACAACCACCCCCCACUGCAUUUCCUGAAAAUGACUGAGUCUUGGCCCCAAGCUUAGGCUAACCCACCAUAUGUGUUCCCUCCUUCCCCUUACUUUGCUGUGAGGUGGGAAUCCUCCAUUUAGAUCGGCUGCUGCCAAGCUUUCUGUGAAAGCCCAGGGGCUGUGUGUGUGUGUACGAGUGUAUGUGUGUGUAGGCGUGUGUGUGUACAGGUACUUUGUCGGCCACAUUACCUGGAAUAAAAGCUACUUGUAAUUAAAAUGGGGGGGAAAUUUAAAAAGUAUUUAUAUAAUGAGAGACACUACUAUCCACAAAGCCCAGCUUGCAUCUGACUUCAUGUGAUCUUUAAAAGUACAAGUUUAAUGAUGCUCUUGUGUCACGUGUGGCCUGUAGAUGAGGCCUAUUGCUUCAUUUCCAUCUGGAUUGCCUGUCUUGUUCUCUCUUUCCACCUGAAAGCUGGCAUCGGUGUGGGGGCACAAGUGGCUGAUGAGAACACAGUGCAAGUAGUGUACGUAAUGGGGCACAGGCAACUUGAUGGGGGAGGGGUGCGUAUGAGGUUUGCUGGUGAAGCAAGGCUGGUUUGGUGAAUAUCCAUGCUCUACUCCAGGGCUGGGUAGUCUUCAAACUUGCAAGACCUACCUGGAACCCCAGGUCCAUCUGUUAAGAUCGGUACAGAAUGGUGGGUGGAGGAUAUGCAGGAUCAGUGGAAGAUCAACAGCAUGAUGGGCGGAGGGGGUGCAGACAUGCGCCGAGAGUUGAGGGAGAGAACAUCUCUGAGCCGCAUUCUCAGCUGGGAAUUUGUGUUCAGCCUCAGAACUGAGCUCACAGUCCUUCCCUCAAGAAAUCCACUCCUAGUUUUCCUCCAAGCUUUCUUCAUUUUGGCAGCCUAAUAGAGGAGAAGGGGAGAAACCCCCCCCCCUUUUUUGGUGCUCUUGUUAAGCAAUUUGCCGUUGGAAACACUUGCCGAUAUACUGCAGAUUUGAUCUUGGUUUGUAAACCACAACUUCUGCAUUCCUUAUGACACGUGAAGCUGAGCAACUAACCAGGAUUGUUGCUGCAGCUCCACACCAAGGAGAGGAGGAAAGGGAAGUGCAGAGGAAGGGGCUUGCUGGCUCUGUGCUUCAUUCCUGCCGCACUCAGGAUCCAUCAAAUCAUGGCUUGUUGGAUUGUCUGAGCGGGUCUGCUCAGUGCAGUUCUAAAGUAUUUCUCAUACAGUCUUCAACUGUUGUUAGUUUGUUUGUGCCAACUAUGUAUAAUCUUUCAAGAAAACACAGAGAACUGGUACCUAAGGAUGAGUUUAGGUGACCUCCAGCAGUUAUCGCUUGCAUGGAGGAGGUUGAAGUCUCCAUUGAAAAGAGUGGAGGCUGUGUAGCAGCUGUGUCCUGUCAACUCUAAUUCUUGGUGUUGGACCAUCCAAUGAUCAAGUUUUGCAACACAGCAGCUGGUGCUGUGGCAAAAAAUCCAAAAAAUCCAACACAUACAAGGGGCAGCUCCCAUUGAGCCUCCAGGAAAACUGUGGGCCAGGACAAGCUGGAGCUUAAGCCCUGUGUUUGGUUGACUUGGCUGGCAUUCAUAUUGGCCAAGCAGUCCCCCACCAUCUGCCAGGGCCUGCUACGGUGCCUGUGAGCCCAGAAUAUCAAACCCCGCCCCCCACCGCCCCAGCAGAGGCUGCCUGCUGCAUCACCUUUGUAUGACUGCUGCUCUGGCUUGGUCUUCUAAUAGUGGUUUCCAUUGGAAGCUCCAGUGCAGAGACGCAGCAGUGUUAUGGCCUUCCACUCACCAGGUCAUGAUCACAUGUUUGGUCUUGCUCCUUUCCAGCCCAGGAGAGUGACUUGUGCAGAGCACCAGGGUCUGUUUUCUCUCAACGCAAAUCGCCUUAGUAGGGGCAGGGGAGUGGAGCAGGCUUCCCAUGUCAUAAUGCAGCUGAUGGCUGUUUACAUGUAGCUGGUAUUCUGCUGCUCUUUUGGCGAGUGGCCAAGCAUCAAACCUGCCUCCCAGCACAAGCCCUGCUCCCACCCCUCUCUUUGGCUUGGCAAAAGCAUAUCCAUUUUGACAUGACCUGCUCCCGUGCCUGCCAGUGAGCAAACUUGGAAGUGUUUCCCAUGCCAGGGAGGUCGGACCAUUUAAAAGCAUUUGUGAUGUCAGGUGUUGGCAUCUUCACUAAUUUGGGCUCUAAACCUACAACUCUGCAAGUCUGCCUUGCAAAUUACACAACAGCAAAUGUAUACUUGCCCGUGCAUAUCCAUGCAGUGCAGUGCUGCAGGCAAUACCAGCUCCUGGGCCUGUGUAUUUGUGAGGUGCAUGUGGGAAUACAUGGGCAUGGGGCAGUGUUACAUGUUACCUAUCAAAUAGUUUGUGCCCAUUAAAGCCAUAGAGUGUGAGGUGGCCCUUGAUAGGGUCUCAGAAUCAGGAACCCAAUCUCCUCCAUUUUUUUCUCUGAAGAAAAUUCCACUAAGGCCCAUAGGGCUUUCUCUCAAGUGGGGAUGGGAUUGCAGUCAAAGUGGCCGAGAUUCAUAGCUAAAUCAUGAAGCAUGUGCAUUGCUGCAUGCAGGGAGUCUGAGAUUCAGUCGCUGGGAUCUCCCGUUGAAAGGAUGGUGAGUAGCGGAGCUGAGAUGGUGAGGAGAUGCUGCCAGUCAGAAGGGAUGGGCCCCUGCUAGGACCCUGGGGGAGUCUCUUGGGAAGGGCAGUCAGCUUUGCUGCUGGGAAGCUGCAUUGGACCAGUGACUGGCUUAGAAACAAAAAACACUUCUUGUUAGGAGGGCUCUACCAUUAUGCUAUGGUAGGAACACAGGUGCGAAAAGAUUUCUUGAGUUGAUCAGCUCAGUGGCCUUUUUCAGGAAAGGCCUGUGGGUAGAUUAGAUUCCUGACCAGCAACUGCGUAGGGACCUCUUCAGCAAUAACUAAGCCUGUUCUUAAUCAGAGGAAAAUGCUCAUGGCAGAAGGUAUUUUCUGAGAUGUCCCUGAAAUGCACAUCUGAGAUCAGUUGGAAACAAAUCAUUUGGAGUCCUUUCCUUUUCAUGCCAGGCCUAGAUCCGUGUUGAUGGAUCACGGCUGUAACCUAAUAGGUUAAUAGGUUAGGUUAAUAGGAUUUGGGAACAUGCUCACCUCUGCGGUGGGGGGAGAGUUUAACACACGGAGUCUCUGUCAUAACUUGACAUGGAAAUCCCUGCAGGACUUGCAAACAAGACCCCUGGCUUUGUUUGCAGCAGUGACAUUGAGGCAGCAACAAUUUGCUCCCAGAGUCAUAUUUUAUCUUCUCCAUUUAGACACUGCCCAUCUGCUGAAACAUUCUAAGCAGCAAGACAUGUAAAGACACACACACAAAAAGCAUGAGAUCAAAACAAUAAAACUAAGAAAUCAGAGUAACCAGCUCCUUUUAAAAUUAGACUACAAGUAAACCAAGUAUUCCAAGAUAGGUUUUUAGAUUGUUUUAAAUUUAACUCCAGUGCUAAAAGAUCUCUCAAUGUGUUUGGGCCUUAAGUCAUUGUGGUUGCUUUCUGGUCUGGCCUCCCUCCAUAUAUCCUAAAAGUUGUGGUUGUCCUAGGUUCCCUUUCCACAAGUAACAGAGGGUGCUGUCUGUCUGUGCAAAAGACAGUGGGCUCACAUAUUUCUGCCCAAGAGAAGUUACUAACAUACCAUCUUGCUCAAGCAUCCCAGCAAGUGGGCAGCAGCAAACCUUGCAGCAGCAGGACAGUCAACUUAUUCUGAACAUAUGACUUGGUGCCAUUGAUCCCCAGAUGUGGAGGAGCAAUUGAACGUCUAGAGCAGGGGUUCCCAACCACGAGUCCCCAGAUGUUGUUGGACCACAGUCCCCAUCAUCCUCCCCCCCCAGCCAAAAUGGCCAGAGGCCUUGGAAAUGGGAUGCUAUCUCAUGGGGGGGGAUAGAGAUACAAAGGCACUUUUAGUAAGUUUUCAGCAAGGAUCAGAGACCUGAUUUUGAAAGGACUAAAAGUUAAUUGACAGCGGGGUUCUUUCACAAACAAACCAAAAUGUGUGUCUGUGUGUAUAGCAUCUGUUGUGAUUAUACAUAAACUACAGCAAUGUUGUUAAAACACACCCAUCAUUUUCAGCAACAAAAGGAGUUGUCGGGUCUACAUACCAACUUCAUAGCCUCAUUUCAUUGCAAUAGAUGUCAUACUAUGUGCAGAAGCGGGGAGGGCUGUUUCACACACUAUGCGUGCAAACCCUAUUCUUGACGAUCGUGCAUGCAGCCGCAGGGGAGCCUCAGCCAGUCCUGGAUCCCUGGCCAGUAAGAAACAAUCGGUCAGUGUCCUUGUAGCAUUUGUGUGCCACAUUUUUAGGCGUAUGCCUAAACCAUUUUAGAUACACAAUUUCAAAAGUACUGUGUGAAACAGCUGGGCAGAAGGCGAGAGGUGCUCUUGAGGAGUAAACAUCUCUGCAUCUCCUUGUCUCUGCCCUCCUUUAAGCAGUGCACUUGUGGGAGUGUGUCUUCCUUCAGUUCCCUGAGGUCAAAGGGAACGGGUGCUGGAUUCCAAGCCUCAUUUCAACUUGUACUUUUAAAAAUCAGGCCAUGCACCGGGUUUCCUCUGAUUCAUAGCCUCCCACAGUCUCAGGGUUAUAUGUUAAUACAAUCUUCAUCCAAAUAACAACACACAGGACCAAUCAGAGGUUAACGUGCCUUUCUUCUACGGUACCUUGAUCUUUGUAAAACUGCCUAAAACAGGAUUUGCUGUUUGUCACCGUCUUUGAACCAGAUACUCGUUUUGUCUUUUUUCUAUAUAUAUCUCUAUAUCUAUAUAUAAAUGACACGUUCUAAGCUGCAACCAGCCUGUUCAGUGAAUUGUAACUAUUUUUUUUUCUUUUCCAUUUGAUGUUCAGGAGUGUGGUGUAUAAAAUCAACUGUGUGGA